CAUGUGAAGCACCAACAGAGGGCAGUAAUCCUCUUCUAAAGAAAAGUGGCUUGGCAGCACACACAGGAACUCACAACCUUGUGUACUGUGUGUGUGUGUGUGUGUGUGUGUGUGUAUGUAUUGAACAGAACAGCAGGGAGGGAGUUGGAAUAAAUGAGCCCAUGUGCUCACACUACAUGGAAUUCCUCUCCUCUCUUCUCCUCUCCUCUCCUCUCCUCCCCUGGGGUGCUGUCUGCGAACAACUCAACUUCUCUAACUGCACAAUAUCCACUGAGUCCAGUUCCACAAUUCAUUUGAUCUAAAUACACUUCUGCUGGCAAGGCGCAGCAAAGUGUAUCAGCCAGACAUCCAGUCUCCCCAUUCUGCUGGAAGGCUGCCAGCCACAGGUCACAUGACCUGGAAGAAAAAGACUAGGAGACUUUUGGGAUCCCUCUUUGCAUGGACUGGCUAUCAACCUGAGGGGAAGUCCAAAGGCUGAUGAACUGAUUUGUGUCUGUGUGAGACCACAUUGCUUGGUGUCCCGCCUCACUCUGGUCUCCUAUAUGACCUGGGAACACAUCACCCAGAGCAAAUCUGGUCAUCUGCUGGAAGCAGCCAAAAAAAAGGUGACUGGCUGGCUGGAAUACCACCCUACUCCUUCUCCCUUUGAGGACAUCCCGUUCCAGGACUGUGAUUUGGUCUCACCCCCCCCCCCCCCAGCAUGGAGCCCACCAAAGUCCAGUCAGAGGGUGGUCUCAAUGUCACCCUUACCAUCCGUCUCCUCAUGCACGGAAAAGAGGUUGGAAGUAUAAUUGGAAAGAAAGGGGAAACAGUGAAAAAGAUGCGAGAAGAGAGUGGAGCUCGAAUCAAUAUUUCCGAGGGCAACUGCCCAGAGAGGAUUGUCACCAUCACAGGACCAACAGACACCAUCUUCAAGGCUUUUGCUAUGAUUGCCUACAAAUUUGAGGAGGACAUAAUCAAUUCCAUGAGCAACAGCCCAGCAACCAGCAAGCCUCCAGUCACCUUAAGGCUUGUUGUACCAGCCAGUCAGUGUGGCUCCCUCAUAGGAAAAGGAGGCUCCAAAAUAAAAGAAAUGAGAGAGUCCACAGGGGCUCAGGUCCAAGUGGCAGGGGACAUGCUGCCCAACUCUACAGAACGUGCAGUGACAAUCUCUGGGACCCCAGAAGCCAUCAUCCAGUGUGUCAAACAAAUCUGUGUGGUCAUGCUGGAGUCCCCACCAAAAGGUGCCACCAUCCCUUAUCGCCCAAAGCCUGCCUCCACCCCUGUCAUUUUUUCAGGUGGCCAGGCCUACACAAUUCAGGGACAGUACGCCAUACCACAUCCAGAUCAGUUGACCAAGCUCCACCAGUUGGCUAUGCAGCAAACCCCCUUUACCCCUCUCGGACAGACCACCCCUGCUUUCCCUGGUUUGGAUGCCAGUCCACCAGCCAGUACCCAUGAACUCACCAUUCCCAAUGAUCUAAUAGGCUGCAUCAUUGGACGCCAGGGAACCAAAAUAAAUGAGAUUCGACAGAUGUCUGGGGCGCAGAUCAAAAUUGCAAACGCCAUGGAAGGCUCAUCAGAGCGCCAGAUCACCAUUACAGGGACUCCUGCUAACAUCAGCCUGGCCCAGUAUCUCAUCAAUGCCAGGUUCAGGGACGUGGCUGCCAUGUGGAAUGACCCCUCAUCCAUGACAACAUCCUGAAGUCAUCCCAAAAACUGGUCCUGUUUUCAGAAGCUAACAUCAAAACCACCACUUCACGAUUAACCUCUAUGUGUUAUCUCAUGGAACUUCCCCUAGACUCCCUUGGUUUUGCGUAACACUUCAGCAUAAGCCUGUGGGAGACUUAUAGUAGAAGUCAUACUAACAACACUUGGAUUUGUUUUCAAUUUAUGUAGCCAGUGUAUCAUUAAAGGAGUAGUUUGACAUUUUGGUAAAUAUGCUUAUCCGCUUUUUCUGCCAAGAGUUUGAUAAGAAGAUCAGUGCCACUCUCAUGUCUGUCUGUUAUAUGAAGCUGGUGCCAGAGGGUUAGCUUAACUUAGCAUGUAAACUGGAAAUAGAGGGAAACAGCUAACCAGGCUCUAGUCUGUUGGCCCCUUUACAAUGUGUGAUUUUGGGCUGCCUGAUAGUUGAAAAUUGUGAGAGAAACUUGGUAGGUUGUGGUGAUCUUUGGUUGUCUUUGGUUGUCAAUCAAAAGAGGUGGUCCUAUUGUAGAUUGCACUGUGAGACACGUCCAUUGAUGUCCAAUUAGUGACCCAAAACAGUCUGAGUCUGAGACACAGAAUACACUGGCUGUUGUGACAUUUUGCAAGUUCAAUUUCUGAAUAAAGUUUAGGAGGAAAUUACACUUGUUUGUGUGACUUUGUUGCAUUUUCAAAACAUAUGAGCUGAUGUCGUGCCUCUGCUUUCACAUACUUUUUCUAUUUACAUCAUAGCGCUACGAUUCACCACAUAUUCAGUGCACAUUCUGACAGCUUCAAGUUGAUAUCAUACAGUCUGACACAAAUUGUGACCAAGAUUUUAUUACAGGUGUCUUGUCACAAUGUGACAUGCAAUAAACUUAUCAGGUCAUUGUUGUUACACAGUCUGAAGGUGCCCACCAGCUCCCUUAAAGCUCACUAAUUAACACUGAAAUGACCUCACAACACGUGUUGCCUGGCAACCUCACGGUGACAACAAAACUCCAGAAAUUUAUUCCUCCCAGCUAAGAAAUAGUCCAGCACAUAAGCCUCCGUAAAACAACUUUAGCUUUACAGGUGCUGGUAGGCAGAUUUUGUUAACUUUUUGACAGAGCCAGGUAAACUGUUCCCCUCGUUCCAGUUUUUAUGCGAAGCAAAGCUAACCAUCUGCUGACUCCAGCUUCAUAUUCAACGGAAACAUCUGUAAGUGGUAUUGAUCUUCUCAUCUAACUUUCUGCAAGAAAUUGAAUGAGCAUAUUUCCCAAAAUGUCAAACUAUUCCUGUAAGUAUUUAUUUAGCAUGCCUCAUUCCAAGAAUAAUAUUGUAUUUCUUUUUUUGUAAUUGCUAUAUUAGAUACAUUUGCCUAUCAAGUCCUAUUGUGUCAUUGUCUGGAAAGAGUAAAAUUAAUAAAAAAUGGAAAAUUAAGAAAAGCAAAGAAAAAAAAGACAGAACACGACUGCCACUUGAGCAAUGCUGUUAGAAAGAAGAGUGAUGUGAUGCCUCUGUCAGGGAAUAAAACACUUACAUUGGACAUUUCAUGACACCAUCAUUCUUUUCAGUCCACUGCAUGGCUACAUGAGGGGGUUAGUAUUGCAUGGUUAUGUUGCCAUAUUUCUAGAAGUUGAGACGUUUUAUGUGAAUGAAAAAAAAAAAAGAAAAAAAGAGGUGCCAACAAAAGAUCAAGCACAACGC